AUGGCCAUUUCCGACGCCCUUCUUCAGCCGGUCAACGACCAGGUCAAAAAGCUCUCAGACAAGGUCGGAGGCGGCUCCUCGUCGCCAGUACCCCCCAAAGGAGGAAUUGAGUUGUUCAGCCCUCAGUACUACGCUGCGUGUACCGUUGGAGGUAUAAUUGCUUGUGGUCCGACUCACUCGGCUGUCACACCCUUGGACUUGGUCAAGUGCAGACGUCAAGUGAAUCCUGCCCUCUACAAGUCCAACAUCCAGGGCUGGCGUACCAUCUUGAAAACCCAAGGUGACUCAAUCUUUUCCGGGAUUGGUGCUACCUUCAUUGGUUAUUCGUUCCAAGGUGCUGGAAAGUACGGAUUCUAUGAGUUCUUCAAGAAGACCUACUCCGACGCCGUGGGUCCGCAAUUCGCCAAAGACUACAAGACAGGAGUGUUCCUUGCAGCUUCGGCAUCAGCGGAAUUUUUGGCAGAUAUUGCCUUGUGUCCAUUGGAAACUAUUAAGGUCAAGACCCAAACCACCAUUCCCCCCUACGCAAAGAACGUGUUUGAAGGCUGGUCCAAGAUCACGGCCUCCGAGGGAAUUGCUGGUUUGUACAAGGGAUUGGUGCCUUUGUGGUUCAGACAGAUCCCUUACACUAUGGUCAAAUUCGCCAGUUUUGAGAAGACUGUGGAGUUGAUCUACCAGUACUUGGGCAAGCCAGUGUCGGAAUACACGCCCGUGCAACAGACCGGAGUUUCGUUCUUAGGUGGUUACAUCGCUGGUAUCUUCUGUGCCGUGGUGUCGCAUCCGGCCGAUGUCAUGGUGUCCAAGGUAAACUCAGAUAGAAAGGCUGGCGAGAGCAUCGGAGCAGCUUUGGGAAGAAUCUACAGUAAGAUCGGGUUCGCUGGGGUCUGGAAUGGUCUCCCAGUCAGAAUCGUGAUGAUUGGUACCUUGACUGGAUUCCAAUGGUUGAUUUACGACUCGUUCAAGGUGUACGUUGGCUUGCCAACUACUGGAGGUCAUUAG